AAAAUCCACAACCAAUAACAGCCAACAAUCAUAUUGUUUACUUCUUUACAACAAUUUCUUAUCGCUUUGUCAGUGUCUUAUCAGAAUCUGUCAGAUCAUUUAAAGAAUAUAAAGUGGUGAAAGAAAUAUGUCUUUAUAUAAAGAUCUUCCAGAGGACCAUCCUAGAAAACUAAUACCGGAACUAUGCCGGCAAUUUUACCACCUUGGUUGGGUAACUGGCACCGGUGGAGGCAUGAGUAUUAAAUAUAACAACGAAAUUUAUAUAGCACCAUCUGGAGUACAAAAGGAACGUAUGCAACCGGAUGAUUUAUUCGUACAGGAUGAGGAAGGAAAAGAUAUAAUGUUACCACCGGAUUUUAAAAAACUAACGAAGAGUCAAUGUACGCCCUUAUUUAUGCUGGCUUAUCGGCACAGAGGAGCGGAAGCUGUGAUACAUACACAUUCACAGCACGCGGUAAUGGCGACUUUAUUAUGGCCCGGUGAAGUAUUCCGCUGUACACAUUUGGAAAUGAUUAAAGGUGUCUAUGAUGAGAAUUUGAAACGUUAUCUACGAUACGAUGAAGAACUGAUUGUGCCAAUUAUAGAGAAUACUCCAUUUGAACGAGAUCUAGCAGACAGCAUGCAUGCUGCUAUGCUAAAGUAUCCCGGUUGUAGUGCGGUGUUAGUUCGACGUCAUGGUGUAUAUGUCUGGGGUAAAAGUUGGGAGAAAGCUAAAACAAUGUCUGAGUGCUAUGACUACCUUUUUUCUAUUUGCGUCGAAAUGAAGAAGUGUGGAUUGAAACCCGAAAUUUUUAAAUAAUCGAUAUAGUCAAUAUAAGAAUAAAAAGUGCAUUUUAUUAUUCCUAAAAAGUGAAUAAAGCAAUACAAACUAAGA